AUGCUUGAAGUUCAGACAGGUCCAGCUAUGGAGAUAGUACAACCCUGUGCACCCGUUAUCCUCAAGCCCGAUGGCGUAGGUAAACCCAUCGACUCUCCAAAACCAAAGAAGCACAAGAGGUUUUACAUGCCAGAGGGGGACAUCAUUAUACAGGUUGAAAACACCUUGUUCCGACUCAAACUUGCUGUCCUCCAUGAACACUCGCCGGUGUUGCGAAGUACAAUUACACCUUUACAAUCUGGAAGGGCCUUGCCUAUUGUAGGCUACAACAACAAGCGUCCCCUCAUUCUCCACCAAAUAACUGAAAUUGAUUUUGUCCGGCUUUGUUCCAUCCUUUUCCCGUCGCCUGAUAAACCAGCCAAGAUAUUCCACACCGUCGAUGCACUACUUUCGGUGCUCAGAGUCGCCACCAGCUUCCAAAUGGAGCGCGUCCGCAAUAUUGCGACUGACCAGCUCGACGACCUGCCUAUCGACCCAAUACGGAAAAUAGCUAUCUGGGAAGAAUUCCACCUUGACCCCGACCUCUUGCUUUCAGCAUUUGCAACAUUAUGCCAACGUUCUGAGCCUCUCACUUUACCCAUGACGAUGAGUCUCGGUAUUCGUAAUUUCACGAAAGUAGCGGCAUCGAGGGAUCUUUAUAGGCAAAGAGUUGGUUGCUGUGGUUGUCGGACAAGUUUGAGUAGUCAAGAAAGUCAGUCAAUCGCAAACGAGAUUGUCUCUGCCAUUUUUGUCAAACAGCCACCUAGACGGUUAGACAAAUCGCUGCUUUAA